AUGAAAGACACGUUGCAUGACGAAGGUGCAGAGGGAUUAGGCAGUUUGUGUGAUACUGUGGGUGGUUGCCAGAACGGCAUUGCAAUGGCUGAAUUGAUUCGAAGCGAUAUUAGACACAUAUCUAAUGCGGCUAAUAACGAGGACUCGUAUCGAGUAUUAAGGGGCCGCGUGAGUGUUUUAAAGAUAGCUCCAGAUGCACGAUUUAUGUCGUACCUGGAGCUAGCCGGAUUUGGGUCAGUCGCAUUGAUCCGGUCCUCCGACUUGCGAUUUGAUCUAUUAUCCGCGCUAGUGGAGCGAUGGCGUCCGGAGACCCAUACUUUCCAUUUUCCGUGCGGGGAGUGCACGGUGACGUUAGAGGACGUUGCAGUGCAGCUUGGACUCCUAGUUGACGGGAAUCCCGUUACGGGACUAUCUUCAUUAACCGAUUCGGCUGCGGUUUGCUAUCAACUCCUAGGAGAGUCACCAAAGGACGGUGAUAAAUAUUUUUCCACAAUAAAAUUUACAUGGCUAAGAGCCAAAAUUUGUCGACUAUCAGCGACCGCCAGUGAAGGUGAGUUGAUGUGCGCUGCUCGAGCGUACAUCAUGCAUUUGAUAGGGGCACUACUCAUGCCCGAUGCAAACGGCGACAGUGUGCAUUUGUCGUACUUGCCUCUGCUUGCUGAUUUGUCCACAGCUAGGUCGUACAGUUGGGGUUCGGCCGUUCUAGCAAUGCUGUACAAGGAGCUUUGUCGGGCGAAAAACCCGUAA